GGAAAUAGAGUGGAUAUGAUAGUCAUCAUGACAUUAUUACAAUUUUUAAUGAAACAAUGGUUAUUUACAGUUAGAAAAAAGCAAAAUAAAAAAUUUGACUACAAAAGAAAAAUAGCUAGAGCUACGUUUAAUCAAACACGAGACUAUCUCAGACCUUUACUUAGAAAACUAAAAUCAAAAUCUUUACCUGAUGAUAUAUGCGAUAGCCUUUGCGAAAUAACAAGGCAUUUAUUAGAUAGAAAUUAUAUCAUGGCAAGUGAUGCAUAUUUACAAAUGGCUAUUGGAAAUGCACCAUGGCAUGGAGUAACCAUGGUUGGCAUUCAUGCACGUACAGGACGAGAAAAAAUAUUUUCAAAGAAUGUUGCUCAUGUGAUGAAUGAUGAAACUCAAAGAAUUAUUCAAGGACUAAAAAGGUUAAUGACAAAGUGUCAGGAAUAUUAUCCCACAGAUCCAAGUCGUUGUGUAGAAUAUGCUAAGUAAUAUAUUUUAAAUUAUUUGUUUGGUAAAUAAAUUAUAUUUAAUUUGAGGUUUCAAUUAGAAAAAAUCCGUUUUAAAUU